GUGAUUUGCAUUUCAAAGAUCACAGUCAAUGCUUUUAAAAGUCGUUCAACCUUGAAUUGUACAGAUAUUCAUAAUAUUUUGUGGUGUGUUGAACGCCCAACGUAAGAGAAGUGUUGACCUACCGUCUGUACCACACCGCACCCCAUAAUCGUUAGACUGCACAGUGUUAUUACCUCCGACAGCGAAGGGAUCCUACACAUUCGAUUGUCGUCACAGAUUCACGUGUUUCUGCCUUGAUAACUGACAAGAUGUUUGGUCUGAAGUCUUUGCUCCUGUUUUCCUUGUUCAUCAAUGUCUUGGUGAGCGGGUACCAGGGAGAGCAGCGUAACUCUCUGGAGGACCUCAUGAGGCGUGUUCUUGAUCGACUCGAAGCACAACGCCACGAACGAGCCCGCCAAAGUGCAUCGUGGGAUUCAUACAUCGAUAAUCUGAUCGCCCAGUCUAAAGAUGCAAGUGGCACCACCCACGUUGACAAAGCGUGCAUCAUUGGUCUGGACGGAGGAGCCCAAUGGACGACCGAUAAUCACCCCAACGCCUUGAAGUUGACUCAGACGGAGAGAACCCACAUCGCCUCUGCAUUCAAAAGCAAAAAUUUCACUCCGUUUAUGACCGACGGGAUCACAGCUGAAGGAACCAAGUACAACUUCCUUCGAGAAGAAGAUGGGAAAAAAGUGUAUGCCAAGAUAAGAGGGCAGGGCGCCCUCAGUCUUCAGGUGUCCAAAACGGCCAUCGUGAUCGCUCACUGCCCAGAGGGCCUGCAGCAGGGGAAUGCCAACAAGGCUGUGGGAGUUAUCGCCGAGUAUUUGGAAUCCUUGGGAAUGUAAACGUUUUCAUUCAACUCACCACUGUAUUUUUCUCUUUGAUUAGUUUGUUAUAGUAGAAUUAAAAUACUUAUUAUUGGGUUUAUUGACUUGUGGGUCCGUGGCAUUGCUGUAUAAUAGAAAGCACUGAUAGUAGUUGGUAGCCGUUGAUAAGUGCUCCAUUAUUUACCUCAGAUUUUAUUAUUUUAAGUACGAACAAAAGUUCGUCACAGGCUGAAGGCAUUAUUUUGUCCCUUUUGGAGUUGCAUUAUUACUACGUGUUGGUGAUGUACUAAAUUCUUUCUUUUUUACGGUAAUUGCAUUCUGCUUAUGAUAUUAAAGUAGUUUUUGGGAUUAGCUAGGUGAUAUAUCUACUAACGUACUUGUAAGCGUAUUCUUAACUUGGUUCAGACACAUCUUUGAUUUUAUGGAAAAAAACAACUGCGCAAAGAAAACUGUAGCUCGUAAUUAUUUGUCUUUAUCAUUAAUCAUAGAAUUGAUUGAUCCUACAAAAGAAAUACAUGCGCAACGGCCUAACAAACGUUUUGUUGUUAUUUGGGCAAUGUGAAAAUAAAUCAGUGACAAAUUUUGUGAUGAUAAUUUCACCACUGACUUUGCCUAAAGAGCGUCAUGACUACUGUAUUUAAGCAAAACUAAAUUGGCUGCUAAACAAUGUGGCGGGUGUUCUUUGAAACAUGUUACCGAGAUGAAGUAAUAAGAUGAAGUAAAUAAUCAGUAACGCGGAGGUAGAAUAAUAGAUGAUGUUUAGGUAGCUACAUAUUGUUUAUUUAAAUGGGUUUUUUUUUAAAUUGAUCAAAAAUAAUUAAUUGUGUGGCACUUUUGAGGUAAAAACUGCAUUGUUUUCUCGUUUGUAGGCUUUCAAUCGGCUUCCAAUAAACUUUUGUUUUUAUCUUUGAACUGAGACGAACAUUUACCUGAACUUGAUAAAUCAUUGUGCG